UCACACACGUAACUGAUAACGGAUACAGCUGAACGCAGUACGCUCGAACCGACCGCGAAUAAUGGAACCGUAUCUGAACAAGAAAUACGUGCUCGUUAAUUCGAAACAUUUUGAAGAUUACCUCACGUAUAUAGGCGUGGGAUAUUUCGCAAAGAAGAUAGCGCUCAAUCUGAAACCCGUGCAGUGUUUGACCCUUAACGAAGACGGUACGCACACAUUCGAUUUCGUAUCUCCCAUCACUAGUUCAUCAGUGACGUUCAAAUCUGGAGAGGAAUUCGACGAAGUGAAACCCGACGGUGUGAAGGUGAAAUCGACCAUCACAUUAGACGGCAAUAAGAUGACACACGUGCAAGUAGAAGGCAACGGAAGGAUCUCGAAACACGUCCGAGAAUUCUUUCACGACAAACUUAUAGUAACCACGACGGCUCCGGGCUUGGACAAGGCUGUGAUUAGAGAAUUUAAAGUAAUGGAAUAAUUACACUUAAUAGUAUUAUUGAUCAAUUUCAUUUCAACACGCUUAUGCGUUUAUAAUUGUAUUCUAAAUUCAAAAUUCUGAUCAUAUACUUACUUAUUUAUAAACUUGUUUUAGCGUUAUGAGGUGGUUAAGAAUUGCUUAAAUAGCUAGUUUAAACUAUAUUAAGAGGCAAGGUGGCGGGUUUUGACUUAAAACUGAUCUAGUAAAUUUGUGUUUUAACUAAGCAUAGCUUUGUGAAGUUUUUAUAAGUAAGUCUGAUAAAAUACAGGAAUUAAUGUAUAGGUAUAAUAUCAAGUAGUGUUUUGGACAAAACGCGACGAUUUGAAACGCGGAAUAAAUAUUAUGAAAAGGUGGACAAAGAUUAUUACGAUUAUUUUCGUGUAACAGUUUGUUUGUUUGAACGCGAUCUCAGGAACUACUAAACCAAUUUUGAUUUAUUUUCCCUAAUAAUAAGCUACAUUACUCGUGAGUGCUAAAGGCUACUUUUUAUUCCGACAAAAUAUAAAGAAAAACAUUUUCACGGGGGCGGAACCGCGAGCAAAAGCUAGUAUAUAUUACAUUACUAAUAACUAUGUUAAUGUAUAAUAGUUUAAUACUAUUUAUUUAUAUUUGAAUACUUAAUCCCAUGUGCCACACACCUGCCUUUAUUUUGUGUACCAAGAAUUGAUUCUGAGAAGGCCUAAGGCACAAAGUCCACCUGUACAAUGUACAUCCUUAUGUUUGUACAAAUAAAUAUAAAACAUGAUACAGAUUAAAUUCAUUUUUAAUCGCCUGCCAACAUAAUGUAACCACAUAAGUAGCUGUAUAUUUCAAAUCACUUCAAUGCCUUUCUUUUUAUUUUUGUGAGGAAAAAAUAAUCUUCCUGAGAAUAGAAAUUUGCAUUGAUUUGAAAUUAAGAAACUGUUUAGUUAGAAUGUGGGUGCAUAUGCAUAUAUCAUCUAUACAAUCUCAAAAGAAAAUCCUAAAUUGAUAUGAUAAUAAAAAGUGUUUGUUAAGAUCUA